AUGGGCGCCUCAAACAGUACGAGCGCGGAGAGCAGCGGCAGCAGUAGCGCGCCCCACGGCCUCGUCGUCAAGCCGUCGAACGCGAUUACGUUCGUCUUGGCACCAGGCAGCGCGCCGACGGUCGUCGUCAAGCUGAAAAACACCUGCAACAACCACAACGUCGCCUUCAAAGUCAAGACGACGCACCCCGCACGGUAUGUGGUCAAGCCGACCCAUGGCGUCCUGCCACCACAGUCCAAGCUCCUUGUCACGGUCGUUUUGCAGCCAGCCGAGUGCGACGACCUUUUGAGCCUCGCGGCCGACGUUCUGGCCGAGAUCCCCGACAAAUUCCAGCUGCAAUGGCUCCGCACCAAGCUCAAUGCGCCAAUGACACUUGUGGAGGACGACUUUCGAGCGCUGUGGUCGACCGUCGAGAAGAAGCACAUUCACGGGCACAAGCUGCCGUGCCGCUUCAUAAUCGACAGCGGCGCCCCCGAGCCCGUCGUCGCGUUCGGCCUCGAGCCCGGCACAUCGCCCGAGGCGACGCUGGUCGUCACCAACCCAAGUGCGACGACGAGCAUGGCUUUCAAGGUCAAGACGACACGGCCGACACGGUACCGUGUCCGGCCCAACCAAGGCGUACUGCGGCCUGGCGCGACCGCCACUGUACUAGUCGUGCUCGAGCAGGACGACUGCGACGAUCUCUGUUCGCUUGAGCCAAGCGGUCGGCUUCUCGUCGGCGACAAGUUCCUCCUCCAAGCGACCCCGAUCGACGACGCGUUUUACAUGCUCGUGACAAAGAAGGGUGCACUGCAGGGCAUGGACGAGCUCAGCAGCUUUUGGGGCCGCACGGACAAGGCAACCGUGUGGAGCCAAAAGAUUGCCGCCCGGUACGUCGACGGCAUGGUCGUUGACGCAACGACGGACGUGGCUCUGCCGUUGUCCUAGUCGACGCCGCGCCGCCACACGUAGAAAUCGCGCGAAUACCCCUUUUUGGCUACAAGUGUAGAAAGUGCAAUCUGGCCACAAGUUGUCCCUGUCUUCAGC